CAUAAAUUGAUUGGCAGGUGCCCCAAGCGACAACGAAAGCAGUUUCUUGUUUACACAACAUAUUGUAGAGAUGGCUGCUGUUGAUAUACUCAGUCUGACUAUGAUAGAUUAUAAAAAGCUCUUAAUCAAUACAUCGAUUCCUUAUAACAUUCUGUUUAUUUUGUAUCCAUGGUCCAAAGAAUGUCUAUUGUUAUGAAAACUAAGUGCUGAAUCAUCUAAAAUGGCGGGGCUAGUUUCGUCCUCGCUGAGUCAUCAAGUAAUGGUGACUGAAUCGACCAAUCAGCGGGGAGACGCGAGGCGCAAAAUACGCAACAAUCCGAGUAUUGCCGAGUUGAUGAAAUCAGUCGUAGAAACAAAUAGUGGAUUAAUUGUCUUCAAAGUAAUUAUUCUGUGAUUGUGAAAGUACAGUGGUUUUCAAUUGAAGUGAGGAAAACAGAAUAUACAAUACAGAACGAAGAAAACAGCGGAAAUGAGUAAAAAGAUUUUCUUGUCGCAGUGCAAAUCAGAGGCGAGGGCUUUGAGUGCUGCCCAGAUAUCAGAUGAUGAGCUAGUUGCCAUGACAGUGAAAGAACUGAACAAGCUGUUGAAAGGCUUGCCAAGGGAAGAGAUGAUCAAGCUUAAGCAACGUCGCCGCACUCUGAAGAAUCGAGGUUACGCUGCCAACUGUCGGGAAAAACGCAUGUCCCAGAAGGAAGAGUUGGAGACGGAGAAAGAGCGACUUAGAGCAGAGGUUCACAGAUUACAGAGAGAAAACGAUGUUGUCAAGAUGGAACUUACUUCUUUGAAAAACAAAUAUGAUGCUCUGCAACGAUUUGCUGAGGUCAACAGAAUCAAGGUUUUGACACCGCCUAUGUUUCUGACCCCACCCCACUUCGGUCACAGAGAUUCGAUGAUUGUGAAGUCGGAGCCAUCACAGGCAUAGCUGGAUUGUGCUAAAGUCAACACAAUACACAGAAUAUACUGCACAAGAGUACAUGCCCUUAUAUUUAGACUCCAUCAAUGCAGUUUUAUGAUUCAAUAUUGCCAAAAACAAAGACUAAAUAAUAUCACACAUCACAUGAAACUACAGGAGGGGCAGAACUGAUUCUUUGAAAUAUGUCUUUGCUCAGAGUGAUGUCUGUGGGACAUUUUAAAUGAGUUGAGUCAGUGGACAGAUACACAUGAUGUGUUCAGUUUUCAUACUCUUUGUACCAGAGAAACAUCUGGUGAACUAUACAUUCAUACAUGAUUGUCUGUACAUGUGUAUGUAUAUGUCAUAUAUACACUUGAACCAAUAUCAAAAUACUAGUUUUGAUGGACUUUUUGUGACGGUUUGACAUUUGUCAAUAACAAAAUAUGGUGCUUCUUUCCAGUCAUGUCAUAGUUUCUUCAUUGAUGUCUAAUGAAUCAUAUCAUUUGUUAGGACCUAUUUUGCUGAACUUGUGUACAUAUACAAUGUAUACUUAUAUCUAAAUAUGGUUGUGUCUUUAAUUUACCUAGCAUUUAUGUUGUGCUCAUUCGUCACAUUUUCAGCACAUUUUUAUAUUUUGAACGUACAGAAAUCGAUCAAAAUUCUUGGUUUUAUUAGCAAUGCCAUUUUUGAUAUAUUACCUACAAAUUCAAUUAAGCUUGAAAUCUUAAAGAUAAUAUUGUCCCAAUUUCAAAAAGCCAUUAGGCUUAAAACUUACACUGUAAUUAGAAAUAUUAUGGUACUGUAUUAUUUAAUAUUGGCAAUUCUAGUUUCAUUUUGGGGAAGGGAUUCAAAAUGUCUUUGGGUUUGACACUGUAUUUUAUUUCUUUGCAUCAAUUGAUAAUCAUUCCAUGCUGUUUUUUUUUUUUUUUUAAAAGAUACAUGUAAUACAAAAUACGAGUUUGAGAUGAUGGAUUAAAAUGAGAGGUGUGUCUUCAAAUUUGUAUACCUGGCAAGUUAAACGUGAAUGAAAUUUUUAUACAUGGAUGAUUUCAUUAGUAUGCAGGAAUUUUUGACAUCUCUAAGCUUCGCAUUACCUGUAGUAAAAAAUAUUCAUACAGCAGGCAAACUUGUUAGCAAUAUUCUAUUUUAUGCCAAUUUGCUUUAGAAAGGAUUUUGAAAUUUAAAUGCUGGCUGUCUUCGAGGAAUAGUCACCAUAAUAUGCAUGUAUUUAGUACGUUUUAGAAAAAGGUAACAACCACAUUAAACACAAAUUCAUACCAACAAGACAACAAUGUAAAUGAUACGUGCCAAAGUUUGAAUAGAAUGAAAAAGAUUAUAGUAAAUAUCAUCCAGCAUGUAUUAAAUCACAUUUGGUUAGGUCAUGCAGGGUAAGAUAAAAUUGUAUUAAUAUUUUAUGGUCACAUGGUAGGAAAAUGUAGAGUAUGGCAUAGUCAGGUGGUCUCACAGACAACAAAACAUUGCCCUUCACCCAUAAACUCACACGUGCACACACACUGAGGAAUUAAUUGACAUUUUGGCAUUAUGUAAGUAAUGGUAAACCAUGAACUAGUAAUUAGCAUUUUUCUCUCUAGAAAGUAGAGGUUAAAAAUUUGCUAUAAACCUGUGACUAUUAAUGUCCUGUGGGGACUGGUGUUUAAAGGAGCAUGUCACAUUCUGAAAGUGUUUCUUGAACUUUUGAAAAUGAAAGUAGGGAAUAACUUUGACUAAUUUUUAUAUUUAGCCAAAUUCCAUAAUGAGUAUUUUUGGAAAGCGACAGACAGAUGACUUAUUUUUGACUACAAUUGUAGUAGUCUGAAUGUUGUUGAAGUGCUAUGAAGAGAUGUAUUUCUUUGUACAUAAAAUACAAUUAUAUUAAUGUUCAGUAUCAGAGUCUGUUCAAGCAUGAAUGCCCUAAAUGUUUAUAUAUUUAUCUCUCUUUGGAUCUCUCCAAUUGAUGUGUUGUCUUCAAUUCAAUUGAACCUUUAAGAGGUUGAUUUAAAGCUCACAAAGGAUUUUGAAUAUGGUGUUUCUUGUUUGUUUCAUUAUAAGCUUAAUGUAGAUACCUAGAUAAGAUUAUCCUACCAAUUGACAAUUCUUUAUAAGUGGUACAUGGUGUACUUCAUAUAUAUACAGAAAAUAAUAAUGAAACACUUAUUACAACUUCUCCCUUAUUUGGAAAUCUUCACCGCAUGUUUGAAACCAUAUUCAGUAAUUUGGAGCAAGCUUGAAUAUUUUCUUAGAAAUGAUAUUUUCUCAGAAAAUAAUUAUAGUGACAAAAUUCCAUUGAAUUGAUCCAAGAGGUAGUUUUUGUUUGGAUUUCUAUUUUAUCUUCAUUUCUGUUAUGAAUGAGUUUGAAGAUGACUUGUAAUGUUAUUAAAAUUUUACAGUCAUCUUGUUGAUUGCCGUCCAUUUGUGUAAAUAAAUUUAUUGAUUUGUUUUUGUUUUGCAUAUGUUCAUUUACAAAUGUAUAUGGUCUGUUUUCUGUGUUAACAGAGAAUUCUGAAGGUGUACUCUGUUCAAAAUGAUUUUAAGUCAUGCAUAUCACUACUACAUUGGGUGGAUCAGUUAUGUAGAAUUUUUUCUCUUUUGUUGCCUUGAUCCUGUUUUGAUUAUUUUGAAACACUUCAGAAAGACAUGUUUAUGAAGUGGGUGUUAACCAACAAUCAAUUUUGCCUUUUGUUACUGCGAUGUGAGGGAUUGCCCAAGAAUGCAACCAGUCACUAAGGUUAACCUAUCAUCGACCCUUCCCAUCUUGGGGUUAAAUUGGAAUGUCCAUAGUCUAUUUUUGACUUAAUUAUCCGAAUUUUAAUUUCGCUGCUUGGCUUUUUAUACAGGUAAAAUUUAUGAAAUGUCACCUUGUUUUGUUGUCCGCAACGAGGAAGUUUUGGAAGAAAUACUCUACUAUCUUAUCAAUGGAACUUGUGUUAAUAUGUAUGCAUAAAAGAGUGACGCAUUAAUCAUUAUGACAGCUGCUGGAAAUAUGUUAAAUAUAUAGAAAUAAUUAUUUUGAUAAGGUAUUUCCUUGUAGCUAUCGAUGCAGGAUUAUAUAAAGUAAUCUAUCUGAAUAUAAAUGCCCUCAUAGACAAAAAUAUUAUGGUAAGGUUUCAUUACGAGAUAUAAAUUGUGAAGUCCUGUUCCAAUUGCAUUCUGGUUUCGAGUAACAUCCGAUCAGUUUUAACAAGCGAUCGUUUUACCUGCAUAAACUUGAGGUAUGCGGAGCUGGGUCAUUCCCAUAAAGUAAUGUAUGCGGCUAGACGUGGCUCACUGACGUGAAUUGUCAAUUGUUUGGAUGUAAAGAUGCCAGUUCACAGUAUCUUUCCUUACAAUGCUCAAUUUAAAGCCUUUUAUAUCAAAACUAUGUUUUUCAACAGGAAAAUCUUUGUAUUGACAAAAAACUCCCAUACUUUUUGCACUGUAAACUAUGAUGAUAGGUAUUGCGUAAUUGCCAAUUCAGCAUUUCAUCAAAAUGGAAUAAACUUGAAUUUUCAGUAGGAUUAAGUGUCUUCCAAAGUGACUUUGACUUUGUUUUUCAAACAAUGGAAUGUCGUCACCUGUCGUCCUACUGAUUAUAAAUGCUAAUUUGAGAUUAAAUGUCUGAAAAGAAAGUCUAAAUGUUGAUCCACCCAAUGUUCACUAUUCUUGUAUUAAAACGCCCUUUGUUUUGUACAACUCGAAAUGUACCAGUUUUGAAAAUUUGUUGCUUUUUCCUUUUCCUCUUGAUUACCUACCUCUCCAGUGUUUUCAGAACGUCUUGCUUCAGAAACAGUAUACGUCUCCCAGUAUUUUGAAACAAUUUCGAAAUGAUUACUAUGUACUGAAGUAUUUACAUGUAAUUGGAUCAUUUUGACAGUCACUCUGUAUGAUGUUAAGGGUGUCAUAAAGUGGGUGUAUCGGUUACGAUUUCAGUUGCUUGUAUAUAUAACAGAAUUUGUUAUUUAUGUUGUGAUGAGAUAUGACAUUCCAGAAAGUAGUACACUGGCAAGUGUUUGGGAACAUUCUUCCGUCUUAUUUUUAGAUGGAGCUAAGUGAUAUACUAUUUUGUGACUUUGUAUGUUUUGAAGAUGUUGGAUCCUUCAGAGCUAACAAUAAACAGGGUUGGUUUUGUUACACGAAACAAAGAAAUCUCAACCUUAAUAUAUAUAUAUAUAUAUAUAUAUAUAUAACACCGAAUUAGGACAAUUAUUACGUUGAGAGUUCUUUUUCAUGUUGAGCUGUUUGUUAUACAGUAUAGAACAGCGUUUUUAUGUUGGUGAUUUCUGACGUGGUCAUGUUAUGUGUAGUUUUGAUUGAUUAUGUUAUUCCAGGACAAGGAACAAACAAACUGUGGUAUGUAAAAACAAUUCGGACGAUUGAGACUCGUUCGAUUGGAAGUUCUCUGUUUAUUUUCCUCAAAACAAACUUGUACUUGUCUCUUGUGCAGAGAUAGAAAGUAACUUACCCUUUGGACUAAAUUUUUAAACUUGUAAAUUGUCUUUUGGGCUUGAUUUUAACUUGAAAAUUAGUGAAAAAGACAAGUUUGUCCUCAGUCUUGGUUUUGACGGAUGUUGGUGCAAUAGGACGUAGAAAGAUGUGGUCGAUAGGCAGCUCUGUGUGUAACUAACUAGCCGAUUUAUUUUAUUUCAUAAUAAAUUUUAGAUUGACAUGUAGCAGUAUUUGCUAUUUUAGAAAUCUGGGUAUAAAAACUUUUUUUUUUCAAUCUCUUUUAAAUAUUACUUGUGAUACUUUGUAUUUGCCGGGGUUUUUGUUAUUUCUUAAAAUAUUGUGAUGCUGUUAACUUUCUUGCCACUUCAUAUAGAAGUGUCACGAGUUGGAUGUAAAUGAACAGUGAACACAAUCCCUUGAAAAUAUUUAUUUAAUCAAAAUGAUUGAAGAUAAAAUUGGUAGUUUUGAAGUUCAUCAUUCUCUUUCAAGGGAUUCUGUUGGGUUUUUUUUUUUUCAAUUGUAAAUAUGACAUCAUAUUAUAACAUAAAUCACGACUUCAUUUCAACGAAAAUUAUUGUAUGGAAAUUGUGUAUGGAACGAAACAAGAUCACUGUAAAUUGCUCUACAAACCACAUAAUAAAGCAUUAAAAAGGCU